UUAUAUGGCCUGUCACUUGCAGUCCUCGGCUCCAAGUCUGAUCGAAUUGAACUUGGGGAGGGGGGAGGAUCGUCGUGUAAGUUCAGUUACGGUGUUUGGCACUCGAUUGGGAAUGAGAGAUUUCAGUGUUUUACUCAACACUAGGAAAUGAUGGGUAUUUUGGUGCAGUUUGUGGCCGAUAGCGCGUUUUUCUUCCUAGUGCCUCGAGUUGAUCAAUCGUCAUAUUUGAACCUCGCCAGGAACGAUCUUCACUUGCAAAUUUUGAUAUGAGUAGUUCGAUUUGCUCUCAAUCAUAGGAGAAUCUGAUAUCGUUGCACUCCUUUUCGAAAAAACACUGAGGAAAAAGAAAAAGGAAAUCCAUCUCGCGGUUUUCUGUGAUCGAUGGUUCAUUGCAUCUAGUGGUCUUUGCAGAGAAGUUGCGCUCGACAUGAUUCCGCAAUCGAGCUCCUUAUUGACGGCGCACAAUGUGACAAUCGUGGGCGACGGUGACCAGUAUGUAGUGCUCAGCCAUGGAUUUGGAUCGGACCAGACUGUGUGGAAGUACCUGCUGCCAUAUUUGGUGAGCGAUUACAGGGUCCUACUGUAUGAUUUGAUGGGUGCCGGCAGCACCAACCCCAAGGAUUUCAGUUUCAGCCGAUACUCAUCCCUUCACGCAUACGCCGACGACUUGCUCGCAAUCCUGGAUGAGCUAGAGAUUGAGAGCUGUACCUUCGUGGGUGCGUCUGUGUCUGGAAUGAUCGGCUGUCUUGCCUCAAUCGAGCGACCAGAAGUGUUUACGAAACUAAUUUUGUUGGCAUCGUCUCCGAGAUACUUGAACGAUGUGGGCUACUAUGGAGGAUUCGACCAGAAGGAUUUAGACCAGCUCUAUGGAGAUAUGAAGUCCAAUUUCAGGUCUUGGGUGACUGGAUUCGGGCCGUUGGCAAUCGGAGCGGACCUCGAGAGCUCAGCAGUGCAAGAGUUCAGCCGAACUCUGUACUCGAUCCGACCCGACAUUGCCCUCAACGUGUGCAAAACUAUCUUCCAGAGCGAUCUACGUUCCAUAUUGCCACUGGUGACGGUACCUGUUUAUGUCGUCCAAACGAGGAAAGACAUGGCAGUGCCGCUCCAAGUGGCGAAUUACAUGGUACGGAACUUGGGAGGGUGGACGAUGAUGGAGGUUCUGAACACGGGGGGCCACUUGCCGCACUUGAGCGACCCAAAUGUUGUUUUACCCGUGCUUCUCCGCUGCCUUGCGCCGUGACAUCACUCAGUUCGCACUGCGUAAGACAAAAAAAAAAAAAAAAAAAAAAAAAAAUCACUUUUUCACACUCUGAAACAGCUCGAGAAUUUUGCGAGGAUGCUGAAGGUUUGUGCCAGCAAGCGAGUCGCGAGGAAAGAACGAAGCUUCAGGCGGUGCACGCACUCACCCACCAUAGCCACUCCCUCCCACGUGCCGGGCUGGGUUCACGGUAGUUGACAUAGCGGGACGAAGACAGACCGACUCUCACCAGUCAUCGUUCGUUCCCUCGACGGUCAUUGUUCAGGUUUUGAACCAUUCCUGGCUAUCGCUCGAGUUUGAACGAUCUCUGAUCGUCGUUAGAAUCCCCAACGAAUUCGUGGUCAUCGUUUUGAUUUUGAACGGACUUCCCCUUGACGAUUUUCCCACGACGACGAAGGACGACAAAGUGAGAAAGGGGAGAGAGAGGUAUCGUUGAGCUUCACUGUUGUCCAUAUAUAGCCAUAACAUUUGGCCCUACUUAUUGAGAUUUCAUUUUACACAUACAAUAACACGUGAAUUUUUGUAGCAUGUUUCA